AUGAUCCUGGUUGUGACGAGGCUGAAAACAAGCACAUUUCCAGCUGUGGAAGACUGGGACAGCAACGGUGAACAAUACGUGACUAGAAGCAAAAUUAAUAAUGAAGCUGAAAGCUUUCCCGCCGCACAUAAUUCGUCCUGUUCGAAUUUGAAGAUUUAUAAUGUGACAUCUGUACCAUUGUUACAAAUAUUCUUGGAAUUUUCUGGAGCAAAGGUCAAAGCUGCAUUGGAAAGUGAAUAUCGCGAGAAAAGUAGAAGUGAGAAGUAG